GGUUUCAACGGUUUUCGGCUCGAGCUGAUUCCCGGAAACUGGGUCGGAACAAGUUGGGGAGGAGACAGGGCCUCGGGUCAGGAGGACCGGGGAGAGUGAGGGGCCAGAGCGGCGAGGGUUUAGGCGGCCCCUGGCCCCCGGCCUGGGCAGGUGCAAGUGCAAGGAGUGAAGGGGCUUGUAGCCAGGACAGGGGUAAAGAGUGAGGAGGGUCUCGGACCGGGCCAGGGGCAAGGAGUAUUGAGGCUCGGGCCGGACGAAGGGUCCCAAGGUUUAUACUGACAUGAAUUUCUCCGAACUGUUUAAACAGUCGAACCAGUUGUGCAGACUAUCUCCCGAUGGGCGGUACUCGGCAGUUUGUGUCCAGUACCGUCUGAUAAUCCGUGAUGCACACACCUUGCAAGUCCUGCACUUGUAUACAUGUUUGGACCAGAUUCAGUAUGUCGAGUGGUCAGCAGAUUCCCUCUUCCUCUUGUGUGCCAUGUACAAGCGUGGUCUCGUGCAGGUCUGGUCCUUGGAGCAGCCUGAUUGGCACUGCAAGAUUGAUGAGGGAUCUGCUGGGCUACUGGCCUCACGUUGGAGUCCUGAUGGACGUCAUAUUCUCAAUACUACAGAGUUCCAUCUGAGAAUCACCGUCUGGUCGUUGUGCACCAAAUCUGUAUCUUAUAUCAAGUAUCCCAAAGCCUGUCAGCAUGGGGUGGAUUUCACUAAGGAUGGCCGCUACAUGGCACUGGCCGAGAGAAGGGACUGCAAGGAUUACAUAAGUAUCUUUGUGUGCAGUGAGCUGCAGCUGCUGAGGCAUUUUGAAACUCUGACUCAGGACCUAGCUGGUAUUGAAUUUUCACCGAAUGGCUGUGUGUUGGCAGUCUGGGAUUCCUGUUUGGAAUAUAAAGUCCUCUUAUACUCAUUGGAUGGGCGCUUGCUGUCCACAUACAGUGCAUACCAGUGGUCUCUUGGUGUGAAAUCUGUUGCAUGGAGUCCGAGCAGCCAGUUUCUGGCCAUUGGCAGCUAUGAUGAAAAGGUAAGAAUUUUAAAUCAUGUGACCUGGAGAAUGAUUGUGGAAUUGGAACAUCUUCCAAUUAUCAAAGAUUCUAAAAGUGUUAUAUAUAAGGAGGUUGAAAGUCGCCCAGACAUUGCUGCUGGAGUUUUGUCACUUCCUCCACUUGCAACUGGAGCAAGUUCCUUGUUCAGCUCAGAAAGUAAAUAUGAGAUUUGCCAGCCUCCAGUUCAAGUCCCAAUAGUGAAGCCUGAUCCAGAUCGCGCAAAUCCUAAACUGGGUGUUGGGAUGAUUGCCUUCAGUCCAGACAACCGUUUCUUGGCAACCAGAAAUGAUAACAUGCCAAAUACUGUGUGGAUAUGGGAUGCUCAGAGGCUGAAGCAAUUUGUGGUUUUGGAACAAAUAUCUGCUGUGAGAUCCUUCCAGUGGGACCCACGUAGAGCCCGGUUGGCCAUCUGUACUGGCAGCAACAAAGUCUACCUGUGGUCUCCUGCAGGGUGUCUAUCUGUGCAAGUACCAGCUGAAGGAAGUUUCCAGGUUUUAUCACUGCAAUGGCAUCCCAGUGGAGACUCCUUAAUUCUAAUGAGUAAGGAUCAAAUGUGUGUGUGUUAUCUGGAACCUGAAGAUGCAAGUUAACAAUCUGCUCCUAAGAAAUGAAAGUACAAGUUCACACUGGUUCUGCCAUGUGUCAAGGGCAUUGUGGACCCUGAAACACUACCAGCUCCUUAUGAAAUGGAAAUUAAAAUGUGAAAAAUAUUCUUCUACUAUUUUUAGGUACCAAAGCUAUUUUAAAAAAAUAAUAGUACAUAUUCUAUGAAUUCAGCAAAACUCAAAUCUUGACUGAAAUAUUUUUCUGUUUGACAUUGGUUCCUUGUAAAUUGGUCAACAUUUCCCUCAUGAUAAAUUGCUCAGUUUUCCUUGGAAAGAUGUCUGCUUAUUGAUUGAAGAAAAGGUGAAGUUGCUUGAAAAAAAAACUCCCAAAUUGUGUAACAAAAAAAAUUUGGGUUUUGUUAUAAAAGUUGACUAAUUAAAAGUCUUUAUUGAUCUUGGCACAUCUCAUGCAAGUGAAAGGCACUAUGUAAAUAUUCUUCCAACAGGAGAGUUGUAUAUAGUUUCUCAAAGAUGCAAACAUCAUUUAUGGGUGUUUUAGGCAACUAUCAAUGUAAAAUUGUAGAUCUUUCUUGUUAUAUUCAUUAAAAUAUGGCUGCAUUUGUCUCAGGGUUGCAGCUGGACAUUUUGCCAUGUGCCAUGACAUUGUUUUAAAAUUCUGCAUAUUGUAAACCUUGAUUGUGUAAUUUCACUGUCUUAAGUUACUCGUUCUUAUGAACUAAGUGACUUAAAAUUGUUUUUGUUUCAUUUUAUGCUGCUGUAAUGUUGAAUUAAUAUUAAGCUAUCAUGGAAACAGGCAGCACAGAAGGCCAUUUUGUUCCAUUGUACUGAAUAGUGUAUAUUCUGCUGCAUCCUAACUAAGUGGUGGAGACCACUAGUACACUGCCUGAAACAUUAUGUUUUAUUCAUUGAUCCAACAGGAAUGAUCUGAUUUAAGUUUUAAAAAAGUAAAAGCUGAGUUCAUAUUGAAAUGCCAAGAACUGACUUCACCCUGCUGCUUUUCUACUUAAUUUUAAUACAUUAUUAACCCUAACCAAUAUAUUUUCUAGAGUUUAAUGCUGUUAACUAUCACAUGUUGUGCAGUUAAGUUUAUAUUUUCUGCACAAGCUUCGCACAUUUGUAAACUAGUUUGCUGAUAACUUAAAAGUCCUUGCAUGGCAUAGAAAAAUUAGCCAUAUGAAACAAAUUGGUAUGUCUAUUGUACAAACUUCGUCUUCAUUUGUUGUGUAUAUAAAGAUCAGUUAAUGACAUACUAUGGAAUCAUUCAAUCUUGCGUGUAAGUUUUUGUAGAAUUUGAUUUAAAUAAAAUUUACAUUUUUCCAUUAUUAUGCAAUAUUAUAAAAUUAUUUAGGCUAUUGGUGGAGGUUUGGAAUUUUGCUAGGGUUUAGGGAGUAAUACGAAAUGUUAAUUUAAGCUUUUAAUCUAAGGUGGUUUGAAUUAUUCCCAGUUGCAUCUCUCAAUCUGUUCAAUGAUUCAGAACAAUGUUAAGCUUGGCUUGUGUGAAGCUUCCUUGUCAUAAUUUGUUAGAAAAUAUAAUCUAAACAAAUGGCAUGUUAAGAGAACAGCUGGGAAUGCAAUAGAGAUGAAAAUUAUCUGCACAACAGGAUCACCUGCUUUUCCCUUCAAUGAAAGCUAAUGGUUCAAUUGAUAAUCUACAUUCCAAAACUUAAUUUGAAUGUACUGUCAUUUCAAUAUGGACUCAUGAAUUAUCCUGUUGUUGAAUGCAUUGAAGUCCAAAAAAAUCUACUGUUCUAUCCUAAAGAUAUUCAAUGGGCCAAAUUCUGCUCUUAAUUCCUGUUCAAAUUUCUUUGAAAUGUUACUGUACCUGCCUCAACCACUCCCACCUUAAACCUAUUUUUGAUUCCUUUCUCCUGGGGAAAGUACUGUGCACAUUUACUCUAUGCAUCUCAUGAUUAACCUAUUGAAUAUUGAAAGUCAUAAAUCGAGGAGUAUACAUGGUGGAGUCUGGGAGGCACAACCUCAGAAAAGAAGGUGGCCCUUUUAGAACAGAUGGAGGAAUUUACUUAACCUUUGAAAUUCAUUCCUGCAGACUACUGAGAAAGUCAAGUCAUUAGGUAUAUUUAAAGCAGAGGUAGAUAGGUUCUCGAUUAGUAAGGGCAGCAAAGGUUAUGGGGAAAAGGCAAGGAAAUGGGAUUGAGCGAGAUGAUAAAUCAGCUAUGAUGGAAUGGUGAAGCAGACUUGAUGGGCCAAUUGGCUGAAUUCUGCUGUCUUGUGCUCUCCAGCUGAGACUUCCUCAAAGUAAAAAUAACAUUGUCAGAAAAUUUCCUCAUUCUUCUGCUGUUAUACUGACCCUGCUAACAAUAUUUUAAAUAUACCACUGAGUAAUUGAUUCUAACAAUUUUCUGAUAAUAUUAUGCUAUUUGGCCUAUAGUUACCUGCUUUUCACCUCCAUUUUUGAAAAAGGAUAAUAACUACAUACAAUAUUUCACAUUUAAUAGCUUUAUUAAUAUUUGAUAGCUUCAAAAUACAAAACACUGGAAUACAGAUGAUGCAUUAUUCUACUUAAAUUAUCUUUUCAAUUGCUUGUAUCUGGUGGAUUAACAACAAUUUAAGUUUAGUGUGAAUGUAGUUUGCAAAUAUGCCACUUUCUUUACUAUGAGACGUUGAACUAAUGUGUUUAUAAGUUAAUGUUAAGCAGGAAGGUCAAUAACUCCCAUUUCUGCUUUAUAGGAGUUGUUGUAAUGCCAUAGGCUAGGAUAAUUCGGUGAAGGUCAGUGGUGCCAAAUACUAGACCAUGCAUUUACCUAACAAUGAAAUAUUAUUGCUUUAAUAUUGUGAAAGUUUUCUUUACCUUAUUGAGUGGUCUGGUGAUGGUUGUGGGCAUUUGUUUGUCAUUGUAUUCACAUCUAUAUGGUUUACCAUGCCCAUUCAACAACAAUUUGCUCAUUAAUCCUGUAAUAGGAGACUAAAUAUAUGUAAUUUUCAUCUCUUGAAGGGGCUAAUCAAGCACUUCCUUAAGAGAGUCACAUUUAUUCCAAUGCUAACUCAACUAAUUAGAAGUUUAAUGAUUUGAAAAAUUUCAAAGGCACAAUUGAGCGGUGAUUUCUUUUCU